UUGACGUUGAAAGAAACAAGCUUGCGGCGACAGAGAGAAGAGGAAGAGCUCUACGCAUAGCAGCGAGAACAAUGGCGGACGAGGACUACGAUAUGGACGGCGGGUAUGAGGAUGAGCCGAUAGAGCCAGAGCCCGACGAAGGAGCAGAGGUGGAAGAAGAUGCCAACAAUGAGGAGGCGCCGGACCCAAUCGAAGGCGAUGUCGACGAGAAGCAGGAGCAGGAACAGGUGGAGCGUCCUCGGAAGACGUCUAAAUAUAUGACCAAGUACGAGCGGGCGAGGAUUUUGGGAACGAGGGCUUUGCAGAUUAGCAUGAAUGCUCCGGUGAUGGUGGAGUUGGAAGGUGAAACUGAUCCCUUGGAGAUUGCAAUGAAGGAGCUGCGCGAACGAAAGAUUCCUUUUACCAUCCGCCGCUACCUCCCUGAUGGAAGCUAUGAGGAUUGGGGCGUGAACGAGCUGAUUGUUGAAGACUCAUGGAAAAGACAAGUCGGAGGGGAUUGAAACCAAGUGUUCUGAAUUUUGUUUUCGAACCGAGCUCGUUGAUUAUGGUAAAGAGACAAAUACCAGCAGAGCUGCUUAGCUGCACAAAAUCAUCUGUUAAAACCUUGUCGACUCCGAUACUUAUUACUCACUUGUUACUCUGUUCCGAAUAUUAGUUUUGCAAUGCAACUCCUUGCACUAA